AUGGCCAUCAUAGCAGUCGCCGGCGGGACAGGCAAGCUCGGUCGAGCAAUCGUGGAGGUUCUGAAAACUACCAGCCACACUGUCUAUAUUCUGGCUAGACAGGAAAACAAGGUUCUCUCCGAAGAACUUGGUGUCACGAUCAUACCGGCUCAGUAUUCAAACAUUGAGUCCCUCGUCAAGCUCUUGGAAGACAACAAGAUAAACACCAUUGUUUCUGCAAUGACAGUCGUCGAUGAUGAUGCUAGCAACUCGCAGCUGAACCUUAUUGCGGCAGCUGAUCAAUCCUUGAGCACAAAGCGUUUCAUUCCCAGCGAAUACGGCAUUGCUUACACUGAAGAACAUGCAACCUUGUUUCCUAUCAUGAAAGGCAAGCUUGCGGCAGUUCAGAAGUUGGAAUCCACAAGCCUCGAGUUUACCUCGGUGACCAAUGGCUAUUUCAUGGACUAUUAUGGUCUACCGCGGGUGAAAAGCUACCUACAACCAUUCGUUUUCGCUCUUGACAUGGCACAGAAUGCGGCUGCUAUCCCAGGCUCGGGCAACACUCCUGUGGUUUUCACAUAUACUUUCGAUGUGGCAAGGUUUGUUGCCGCCCUGACCAGUCAGGCUGAUUGGCCUAAGCGCAGCGUCAUCAUUGGAGACAAAAAGACGUGGAACGAGGCUCUCUCUAUUGCCGAAGAAAUCAAAGGCACCAAAUUCAACGUCGCGUACGACGACCUGGAAAAGCUAAGCACUUUCCAAGUUACCGAGCUUCCAUCCCAUUCUGCUUUGUACACUUCCUUGCCCAAAGAGCAACUCCAAUAUAUCCUGGCUGUCUUUGGCCGCUGGACAGCUGCGGGGCAUUUCGAUCUGCCCGAGAAUGAUACACUCAAUAGCCGCUUCCCGGAGAUCGAACCACGCACCCUUCGCCAGGUUAUGGAGCAGGGUUGGAAAGCCUGA